CUGGGGUGCGUAGAGUUUGUCGAGAGUGGGCCGUAGUUCCUCAUACGCAGUGCGGCCUUGUGUGCUGAGCAUGCUCUGGGCCACCUGCAAGCGACUGACGAGGACGCGCUGCCAGGAGAUGAAGCGGAUCAGUUUGUCCAGGGCCUGAAUCGCAGUUGGCGUGGUUGUGUUGGCUGAGGCCUCAAGGAUCUGUAUGGCGCCGUCCAGGUCCAUCGAAGGAGAGGGGACCUGAGGCUGCUGGAGGGAUCUGCAGGAAGUGGCGAUGGCCUUGUUGUUGAUCUCUAUCAUGUGGCUGGUGAGCGCAGCCAGCUGCGGGCCCGUCAGAUGGUCAUGAGCGAAUUCAAGGGGCAAACCUGCGAACACACACGGACAGCAAUGCGGCUGCGUGAGGGUGUUCUGUCGACGAGUACCCUUAUUGCCACAGGGACCGUAAAGGAACGCCAUGGUGGGUCCGCCGGACACUAUGCAGCCUAUGCAGCCUAUGCAGCCUAUGCAGACUAGACACGUCACAUAUCCACACGAGGCGGGCGCCAGCGUAGAUCUCGUCGCUGCAGACAGAAGCCAAUGGAUGUGGUGCUGAUAGAAUCAAGGGAUCGGUCAAGGGAUCGGGAUUUAGCCUUCUUGAGCACCAGG